AUGCGUCCUCAGCACUCAAAGUCCAACUGGGCUGGUCCUAAGCACCUCGAGGAGUUCGCCGACUGGGUCAACCACUGGCCAGUGAACGCAUUCACCGGGCCGGUAGACAAGCUCAAGGCCUCCCUCGACGGCCUCUUUACGCGCGACGCCUUCGCCGCCAAGCUCAAGAUCACCAUGGACCCGUACCUCUCGACCAGGAACGAGACCAACACGCCCUGCCCCGACGACUGCAAGUGCUGCAACUGCGCACACAUACGCAAGUUCUUUGUCGGGCACCCCUUCACCCCUGGCGACUUCGCCGAGUGGAAGGAAGGCUUCGAUACCGCCGUCGCGGCGCGCAAGGCCAAGGCUGAGAAGGCUGCCGAGCGCAAGAAGGCCAAGCGCGCGGCGCAGAAGGCCCGUAAGAAGGCCGCCGCUGCUGCCGCGAGCGAGAGUGACGGCGACGGCGAUGACGAGGAAUCCGUGUCCCCCAGUGGCGAGGCCGACCGCAUCACCACCACUGCGGUUGCUCCCCGCCUCGCACCUGACACAAACACCAAGCCCACCGCCGCCCACAAGCCUGGCACCGCCUCGUUCCACGCGUCGGCGGAGCACAUGCUGGCUCGCCUGCUCGACACCAACUACCUCUGCCCCCUCUGCAGCCCCUGCACAGCGCUCAUCUGCAAGAAGAAGCACUUCGGCCUCCCCAACGAUGCGGCCCACGACCACUGGGACGGCUUGCACUAG